AUGGUAAAUUUCAUUGGAUAUAUCUUUUUUAAAUUGUAUGAAAAAAAAAAAAUUUCAUUAUUGAAAUUCUAUUUUAGAAACAAAAAAAAUAUUUUUAAUGGCUUUCAUAAGUUUUUUUUUAUAUCUCUAAAUUCCUAUUUUAUAAAGAAACUACUAUUCUCAAAAAAUAUCAACAUUUUUCAUUUAGAAGAAAAACGAAGUACUUAUUUAGAAAAAAAAUAUAGGUCUGAUACCCCUUAUUUAAAAACAGAAAGUGGAAUACUAUAUAAAGAUAUAAUUGAUGGAGAAGAUAUUACUGUUGAAAAAGGAGAUAUUGUUUAUAUUCAUUAUCAAGGAAAAACAACAAAUGACUUUAGAAUAAUUGAAUCAACAUUUAAAAGCAUAUUUCCAGUUAAAAUAACAGCUGGAUUCUAUGAUCAAAAACAUAUAAGAGCUAUUUAUGAAAUUGUUAUUGGUAUGAAAAAAAAUACAAGAAGACAAUGUAUUAUUCCACCUCAUUUAGCAUAUCCUUAUCAUUUUCCUAACCAACCACUCAUUUACGAGAUAGAUGUAGUGAAAAUAAUAAAAAAAAAUUCACAAAAAGAAACAUUUCUUCAAAAAAUGAAAAUGAAAAUUGAAAACAUCAAAAUUGCUAUAUCUGAAUAUUUUUAA